CCGGACCAAUUGUCGCGAAGAUUGGCACGGAUUACCAAAUAAGGAAGUCUGAAAAUGGAGUUGCUCUAUUGUUCUUGGUAGGCGCAUUGUUCCCAGCGGGAUUGUGUCGAGCAGCAACCACCGACCUUAUUCUUCUGAAAUAACAAAAGGCCACAACUUCGCCAUGCCUUUUCGCGAUAGAGCUUCGCUCGUUCUUUCCUUACCACUUGCUUUCAUCUCUCUACACGUUCCUUAGCUCGGCAUGUUGUCGAGCAUACUUGCUGCUACUUUCGCCUUUGGCGCGUCUGUCGUCGCGCAAUCUUCGUCUUCUGUUGUAUGCGUUGCGGGUCAAUGUCUGCAAGGUUUUUCUAAUGUAACUCUUGGAGCAACACUCUCAGCAUCUGGAAUAUCGACCGAUGUUCUUCUUCUUCCUGGACAGUAUACAUCCACGACUAGCCCAGAGCUUCUUCAUGAACUGUUGACGUCUUCUUCUGCAAAACUUUCUCCAUCUACCGGCUUCGGCAACUCGAGCGCCGGAUCUUCAGUUGCUCUCCCACUAAAUAUUGCACUUCAACCAGGUAUCGCGAUCUACCCGCAAGCUUUCUAUUCGGGUCAAGGCUCAUAUUCGAGCCUCCCCACGUCCCCCGUUGGAAAUACGUCCAUCCCAAUAUCUGCUUCCUCAUUUGCCCUUUCAGGGAACGUAUGGGCAGCUGUAUCAGCCGGAAGCAACAGCCGUGUCAUCUUGUGGAACUCUGUUCCUGAUGUCAGCCAGCUCCCUGCUAGCGCAUCAGGGUCCCUGUCGUUGCUCAACAUGCAAUCAUCAUCCUGCUCGCCGGCUUGUUCCGGGAAUGGCAUCUGUUCCGCUUCUGGGACGUGUCAAUGUCCAAGCGGUUUCACUGGUUCAUCUUGCGAGUCGUGCUCCUCUGGUUUCUUCGGACCGAAAUGCCAGGCAUGUCCGUCAGGGUGUACUUCUUGUGAUGAUGGAAUUUCGGGCACCGGGCGUUGCUUGGUGCCAGUAGUGGCGAACCUACCAUCGAGCUGCAAUUGUAUCAACGGAGAAUGUGGUUCUAACGGACAGUGUACUUGUAUCGCCGGCUGGACGUCGGCGUCAAACGGAACCCAAUGUGCUGCAUGUGCGGCCGGCUUCUUUUUAGACACGAACGGGAAUUGUGAAAUUUGUCAGCUGGGCUGUCAGCAGUGUGCCGAUGGCAGCGGGGACUGCAUCACUUGCUCAUCGGGGUUUACUCAGGACGGAAACGACCGCACAAAGUGCGAUGCCACUCCGCAAACUACGUCAAAUGGCACGGUUUGUCCUGAUGGAAGCUACGGUUCUGGGUCUACUUGCGCGAUUUGUUCGCCGCUUUGCACGACCUGUACCGGGCCGAAUUCGAACAAUUGUGUCAUUUGCGGAUCCGGCACGUACAAGUUUAAUGGGUCGUGCAUUACGACCAGCACAGGCGGCGUCUGCCAGGGUUCCAAUUUGAUUGCCAAUAAUAACAAGCAUGAAUGUGACACUUGUGGACCGAAGUGCACGACUUGCCAGAUAUCCAAUUUUAAUGUGGCAUCUACAGUCGAUCAAGCUCAGUGCACUGGUUGUCUUCCUGGUUUCGUCUUGUCACAAGGGAAGUGUGUCACAAGUUGCCCGUCGGGUACUUUCCUUUCUCCUCAAGAUAAUUUGACAUGCACAGCUUGUUCUUCAUCCUGUACUAGCUGUGCGGGCAGCGCCACCACCUGCUUGACAUGCGCAAACAAUUUGCUUGCUUCGAACGGGCAAUGCGUCAAUUCUUGUCCUUCCAACACGUUUAGUUCUUCUGGGGCCUGCGUUCCCUGCCACCCAGACUGUGCAACAUGUUCAGGCGCAUCCUUCAAUCAAUGCACAAGUUGCAACAAAGCGCUCCCUGUCCUCACAAGCGGGCGUUGCCUUGCUACUUGUAGCCAGAAUCAGUAUUUCGACACAACGUCCUCGACAUGCCAGUCUUGCGAUUCCAGCUGUGCUAGUUGUUCAGGCGCUGGUCCUAAUAGCUGCCUCGCUUGCUCAAGUUCCAGUCAAGUUUUGCGUGGGGGUACUUGCACUUCAGCCAACUGCACGAGCGGUACAAGUGUUGUCCCAAGUCUUGGGGCAUGCCUUUCAGAACUUGUAGUACUCACACCUUCUGGUACGAGCUCAGGCGCGCUUCCUACGAUUACUGGGCUAUCGACUCCUAUGACGACCACAACAACCCAACGAUUGCAGUGGUGGGAGAUUUUGCUCAUGGCACUUGGAUGUGCUUUCAUCUUUGUGGCCUUUUUGUGGUGCUGGCGCCGUCGAGCCCGGAAGCAGCGAGCAAAGGACACAGCGGCAUUUGCGUCUGCUAAAGCCCUUCCUCACAAGCAUAACUGGAGAUGGCACCUUGUACGCUUUGGAGAGAGGCUUUUUGGGCACAACCGCAGACAUCCGCGGCCUGAGACGGAGGAAAUUUCCUUAUGGAAACUGCGCGCUGCGGAGGAGGCGCGGCACUAUAAGGAAAUGGAUAAGCUCAUAGGUGCACACGAGCACUCUCGCUCGGGAUCGAGCCGGUCUCCUUCGCCUCUCCCUUCGCUUCAUCACUACAAGCGUCGCGGAUCUCACGAUUACUCCGACGCGCACAGCUCUAAUAGGCUAUCGGCGGGUUCCAUGUAUUCCCAGGUGACGGGGAUGGUUCGUACCGGACCUGAACCUCGGCAGCCUGUCAAGUCGAACCUAUUGUCUUCUCGGUUUUCAACAACGACACUUGGAUCUUCGGUACCCAAGAAACCAAACGUGUUGAAACGUCAGCCAACACCUUCUAAACCGCCAACCGCCGCUGAGGAGUACGCUGCGUCCGUAAGGCAAUCCCCGGAACCUGACACAUCGUAUUGGAUAACACCCACAGAUACGGGCGGAUCUCGCAACCCUUUCCGUAAAUAAGCAAUGUUUUCUCAUAAUUCUGCAUGGACCUCGAGGAUUAGACUGGAUCUUUUUACCCACCCCGAUCUUUACAAGUUUAUAUAACCACGCGCAUUGUACACAUUUUUUUUUCGUCACUAUACUGUAGCUUACGAGUAGAUUUUGGUUGCUCUAAUAUAACGCAACCCCUUGUAUGGAGCGUAAUGUAGCACUUUUAGGAUUAGCUGUCUCUAGCAGUCUGCAAAUAAGUUGGUUGCGGUUUCAGCU